CAAUUUUAAAGUUCUUUCAGUGACACAGUCUGUUUGCUCCUGUAACAAAUAUCAAAAUUAAGAAUGGCAUUAUUUUUCAUUUUUAUAGGAUUUGUACAGGUUAUUUUUCAUUUAUGCUAUGCUGCUUCAAGUAAUAUAAGACUGGUUGGUGGCUCAAGCCAGUACAGUGGACGUGUCGAGAUCCAAUUUAACCAGAAGUGGGGUACUAUCUGUAACCAUGGGUUUUCCGACACAAAUGCCGCCGUUAUUUGCAGGAUGCUAAACUUCCCUACAACUGGCGCUUGGGCUAUUACAAAUCUCACAGGAUAUCCAAAUGCGACAAGCGAUAUCUGGCUUGACCAUGUUAUGUGUACGGGAUCUGAGAAGAGCAUCUUUGAUUGUGAUUACCGGAUACCAAUGGACUCAACUUACUGUAACCAUAGCAUUGAUGUGGGUGUUAUCUGCUCCUCUACUGCCGCCAUUAAUAUAAGUCUGAUUGGUGGCCUAGACCAGUACACUGGACGUUUAGAGAUUGAACUUGACAACAGGAGGGGUACCGUUUGUGGCGAUUUAUUUUCUGACAGAAAUGCCGCCGUUGUUUGCAGGAUGCUAAACUUCCCUACAGCUGGCGCUCGGGCUAUUACAAAUCUCGCAAGCUACCCAACUGCGCCAGACCAGAUAUGGCUUGACGACGUUGAGUGCACGGGAUCUGAGCAGAGCAUCGCUGAUUGUACUCAUCGCAUACCAUGGGGCUCACAUGACUGUAAUCAUAACCAGGAUGUUGGUGUUGUCUGCUCCUCUACUGCCGCCAUCAAUAUACGACUGGUUGGUGGCUCAAGCCAGUACAAUGGGCGUGUUGAAAUUCUACUCCAUGGCAGGUGGGGUACAGUCUGUUGCGAUAGUUUUUCCGACAGAAAUGCUGAAGUUGUUUGCAGAAUGCUGAAAUUCCCUACUGCGGGCGCUCGGGCUUUUACAAAUCUUGCAGGCUACCCAAGAGCGCCGGACAUGAUCUGGCUAGACGAUGUUGUGUGUACAGGAUCUGAGCAGAGCAUCGCUGAGUGUACUCAUCGCAUACCCUGGGGCUCAAAUGACUGUAACCAUAACAAUGAUGUUGGUGUUGUCUGCUCCCCUACUGCUGACAUUAAUAUACGACUGGUUGGUGGCUCAAGCCAGAACAGCGGACGUGUUGAGAUUUUACUCAAUGAGCAGUGGGGUAGUGUCUGCAGAAAUGGAUUUUCAGACACAAAUGCUGUCGUUGUUUGCAGAAUGCUGCACCUCCCUACAGCUGGGGCUCGGGCUAUCACGAAUUUCACAGGGUACCCAACUGCGCCAGCCCAGAUAUGGCUUGACGAGCUUUGGUGUACGGGAUGUGAGCAGAGCAUCGCUGAUUGUACUCAUCGCAUGCCCUGGGGCUCACAUAAAUGUAACCACAACGAGGAUGUGGGUGUUGUCUGCUCCUCUAUUUCAGCUGCCGCCAAUGAUAUAAGACUGGUUGGGGGCUCAAGCCAGUACAGUGGACGUGUCGAGAUUUUAUACAACGGGACGUGGGGAACUCUCUGUGACAAUGGGUUUUCUGACAGAAAUGCCGUCGUUGCGUGCAGAAUGCUUAACUUCACAAUAGGUUUUGCUCAAGCUAUAAAAAAUCUGGCUAACUAUCCAACUGCGCCAGCCCAGAUAUGGCUUGACGAUGUUGUGUGUACGGGAUGUGAACAUAACAUCGCUGACUGUAAUCAUCGCCAUUGGGGCUCAAAUAACUGUAACCAUGACGAUGAUGUGGGUGUCAUCUGCUCCUCUAGUGUUUCCUUGAUAAAUGGCUCAUCCCCAUACUCGGGAAUUGUUGUUGGACAUUUGAGAACCUUUUGUGACCUUGGAUUUAGUAAGGAGGCAGCUAACGUGACGUGCACUAGUCUUGGAUUUGGUGAAUAUAGCAGACAUUACCAUAUGCAAGUAUUAGGUAAUGGUGAUGGGGACACGCCAAUGCUGAAGAAGAGCAUAACCUGUAUUGGUACAGAGAAAGAUUUAGAGUUCUGUGACAGAUCUGAAGCUGAGUUGGAAGAUUGCCAACCAGAUAAUGCUGUUGGCAUUGAAUGCAAAGGUGGGCCUAUACGAUUGGUUCCGUUUGAAAAAAAUGAAUAUGAAGGAACCUUCCAGUUUUUCGAUGGCAAGGAGUGGCGGAGUAUUAUAAAUCGUACAUCAGAAAACACGGCGAAAACAUUGUGCAGACUUCUUGGAUUUGGGUAUGUAGGAUCAAAUUUUGGGCAAGAGAACCUGCUCCAGAACAGAACAGAAUAUGUUUCACUGGACUGUAACGGAACAGAGGAAGAUAUUGCACAAUGUAUGUGGACAAGAGGAAAUAAUGACGGAGAAUAUGGAACAUUGGGCCUUUUUUGUUCAGACUAUGCAAUAAAGGAUGUCCGACUAAGUGGUUCGGAUGCUCUCACCGGGUUUAUUGAAGUCUCAGUUAACAAUGAUUGGUGGACAGUUUGCUAUACUGGCUUUACCGAAUAUGCUGCCGAUCUGAUAUGCCAAACACUUGGACACGGUAAAAACAAAUGGUUUACUAAAUAUGUGGAUUCAAAUCGAUACUACAGUUAUAGUACCAUCGGGUCAUUGAUUUGCGACAAAAAUGACAAAUUAUUACGAGAUUGUAAAGUUAUACCCAUGGCAUUUUAUUCUUAUGGACCUGGUGAAUGUGAUGGCAACAAUAUAAAUAUUAAAUGUCUUGAAGAUAGAAGAUUACCGAUUUUGAAUGUACUUGCUCUUACUGCCAUGUGUCCUCUUGUGAUGAUUAUAGUGAUAGCUGUAUUUAUUGCUUUCAUAAAGAUAACUCGACAAAUACAAGGUGGACAACGUCAACAACAAGAACAUCAACAAAUGGCCAAUACAACAAGGGGUGAAGGAAGCGAUGGGGAUGACGCGAACGCGACUAUUGAUGAUAAUGGUACACUUGCAAUACCUUUGCAGGCCGUUCCUAUUUCACCCGAAGAAACAGACGGCAAUGACAUGGAUAGCAGCGAUUCUGAAAUUAGGCGAUCUUGAACGGGCAAGACACCAGAUAAUACCAUUGUAUCACAUAGUUAACGAUACAUGCAUCUUUCGCUGUUUGUGUGUAUUUUUCCAAUUCAAAAUUUACCGGGUCUAUCUACCACGUAAAUCCCAGUAAAUUUGAAAAAAGCGUCGGUAUAUUUAUCUGUACUUAUCACGUUCCUUCACACGUAAACGCAUUUUGUAUUGACAUGAACAUGUAAAUGUAGACUGUAGUGGCAUGCACACGUACAUGCAUAUUGUAUUGACAUGCAUGUACAUGUACAUGUAGACUGAAGUGGCAUUUUUCAAAAAUGUCUUUUAUAUUUGUGUGUAUAUUCUCUGUUUGAUAAUGUUCCUUUGCGUUUUCUUAUUACAUUUGUAUUUCUUGGUAAUGUCUUAUACAUGUAUACAUUUGUCCCUUAAGGCAAGACUGUUGCGACCGAUUUAAUCUUAAAUAAGUAACCAUCCUUUUAAUUCUGUUUGUUUUCUGUGAAUCUUAAACACUUUUUUUUAUUAAAUUGUUGUGUAUAUACCCUGUUUAAUAAAGUUACCCUUCGUUUUCAUUUGAAUAUGUUUGUAUUACUUGUUAAUAUCUAAUACAUGUAUACAAAUUGUCUCUUAAAGGCCUAGUUAAAUCCUUCUAUAAGUUACCCCAACCCCAGAUCUGUGUACAGUACACAACCUCUGUGUAUUGAUCUUAAUCAGAUUGCCUUGAUCCCUAUUAUCAGAUCUCCGAUCUGAGUAUCCUGCUGUGCAGUUUUGGAGGUGUUAUUAUAGAAAUGGACACUAAAUCACCCUGAGCCAAUAAACGAAUACACAGAAAAUUGGCCCCUACUGUGACACCAGUGCAAUUAGCAGAAGAUGCACAGCAGGGGAUUAUCAUGCCAAUCAUUCCUUAGACUAGACCUUUAAGGCAAGGCUGUGGUGACUAAUUUAAUCCCAAAUAAAUAAUCAUGCUUUUAAUUCAAUUAUUUUCGGUGUAUCUUAAACACAGUCAUGUUAUUUGAUUCUGUUAUUGUGUAUAUAGUUUGUUUGAUAAAGUUCCUCUUCGGUUUCAAAUUAUGUUUGUAUUAUUUGUGUUAGUAUAGCUGCUUGUUUUAUUUUUAUAAAUUUAUAUGUGACAUAUUCAUAUAUAGAGCCUUUAUAUUGAAUAACACUUCCUACGGACUGAUGAUCUAAAACAUGUAUAUAGG